UGAGGCAGGCAUUUCUCAGCCGAGGAUGGGAGAUGGAGACCCAGGCGGUAAAUGGCCCGAGUAGGAGCCCCUUGAGGGGAGGCUCAGAGAAUAGCUCUCUCUGCUCUCCCAUGGCCCUUUCCUAAGUUGGCAGCUGACCCCGAGGCCCUACCCUGGGGUGUUGCCAUCUGGCGCCACCUUGCCUACUGCGGCCCAGCGUUCGGCCCCCUUCCCCCGGCUCCCCCUUCCUCAGAUGGGCAGAAAGGGGCCCAUCUGCCUAUACCCUCCCUAUCCCAGACCAAGCCAUAACCCCUUCCAUACGUGGGGAAACCCAUCCCAGGGGAGGAGGGGUCUUCAGGGGGGCUGUGUGUUGGGGGAGGCUGGGAGGAUGGGGACUGUGGACUGGUUAAAUCUGACAAUAUCUUUAUCUUCUCUUCCUGGAACCCUCCUCCUCUUCCCACCCUGCCCAGCUGUCCAGGCCCUGGCGGCUCCUGGUACAAGGCUGAGAGGCCUCAGGGGAGGGGAGAGAGCCUUCCCCUUGGGUGGCAAACAAAAGCCCUUCUUUGGCUGUGGCCAGUGGGGUGGGGAGGCUUGGCAGGAGAAGGAGCUCUUCAGGGAGGGACACACGUGCCUCCAGGGACCUGCACUCCCCGAGGACCCCAGACAGUCCCUCAGCCCCGCACCCGUGGAUGGCGCAGCUCACCCUUGAGUGGCACAGGAAUCCCAGGCCUCUCAAGCUCACCAGCACCCCUCAGACACGUAGGGAUGUGGGACGAUGACAGCGACACGCACAGCUUGUUCAAGGGACGCGGUUGGAGACACGCCGGCCGGGACAGCUGCUGAGGCCCCCUGCGAUGCGCGCCAAGCCCUGCUGCCCAGCACGUGUGCAACUGGGCUGCCUGCAUUGGCACACGCGUGUGAAGAUUUCACGCUAGCUGGGUAUUUAUCCUGAUAGUGAAGUUGGGGUAAAAAAGAGAGUUCAGACAGCAAGUGUAUCGGACUCGUCUCCUUUCUAAGCCCCACCCUCUCCCCCAGGUCCUCCACUCAUUCAUUCACUCACUCAACAAGCACUGCGUUGAGCUCCCGCCGUGCGCCAGGCACGAUGGAUGCCUGUGGAUUCAACGCGGAGGGAGGCCAACAGAGGCCUCUGCCUGCAGCGGGACAGCUCUUUGCAGGUCGCUGAGCAAGCUGCAGUGCCCAGGCCAUGGCAGAAGCCGGGGGGACAGGCCCCACGGCCCACUCUCACUGCCUUCUGCCUGUGGGGAGGCCACCAGGAAGCAGUUUCUAGCUUCCGUGGCUCUGAGGUACAGGACGGUGCACGGGGCCCCCAGGGCGCGGCUGCAGCACAGAGGCUGCUCCUCAGCAACGGGGUCCCCUCCCACCCCGUGUCCUCGUGCCCCUGUCAUCUGGCCCUGCUCCUUUCAGCGUCUUCCUGGGUCAUCCUGUGGGGACAGAGUGCAGAGGGCUGACACCCUUGCUUUUCUGGCCUUUGCCGGCUGCUUAACCAGUAAACCGUCUGCAUCCACCCAGAACACCUUGCUCCUUACGGGACGAAUCUGCCGGCCUGUGCGACAUGCUCUCACGAAGCUCUCAUUCUAGAGGAGGAGGGACCGUGGCGUACAGGGUGGGACCCGUGUGGCUGGGGAGUGGGACGGGGCCUCUCAGCUCCUCGCCUGGAGACCCACCCUUUGGAUCUGGCACCUGGAAGGGCUGCCUCUCUGGAGGGCAGGGCCCUGAGGACACCUCGUCCGUCUCCGUAAGCUGGGGAGGGGCUGGGGUGGGAGCCACCACCCCAAAGCCGUGCUGCCUCUUGGUGGAGAACUGGCCCUUAGCCCGGCCCCCGGGAGGCCCCACCGCCACCGCACAACUGCAGCUCCAGCCUUCCACCUUCUGGGAGCAGAUACCCCACCGCUGUGCCUUCAGGGGGAGUGUCAUGAAAGGGCCACCAGGCUGUGGCUGGGCCGGGAUGAUGGACUCUAGGGUCUCUGAGCCCCGGGAGCAGGACCUGACAGAGGCAGGGGCAGAGCAGGAACUGCGGUGGUUGGAGCUGGGCUCCGAGGAGGCCCCAGGAGCUGGGACAGAGGGGCCCAGCGCCCCACAGGCCUGGGGGCGCCUGCUGCAGGCCGUGUGGAAGGGUCACGUGGGCCUGGUGACUCAGCUACUGCGGCAAGGGGCCAGUGUGGAGGAGAGGGAUCGCGCGGGCAGGACCCCGCUGCAUCUGGCCGUGCUGCGCGGCCACGUGCCGCUGGUGCGUCUCCUGCUGCAGCGCGGGGCCCGGGCCGUAGCUGCAGACCGCGUGGGGCGCACGCCGCUGCACGAGGCCGCCUGGCACGGGCCCUCGCGGGUGGCCGAGCUGCUCCUACAGCGCGGGGCGUCAGCGAACGUGCGCUGUGGGGCCGGCCUCACGCCACUGCACUGGGCCGCCGCGCUGGGCCGCACGCUGCUGGCCAGGCGCCUGCUGGACGCACCGGGCCCGGGCCCCGCGGCGGCGGACGCACACGGCUGGAUGGCGACGCACUGGGCGGCCGCGGGCGGCCGGCUGCCGGUGCUCGAGCUGCUGGCAGCAGGCGGUGGCGCGGGCCUGGAUGGCGCCCUGCUCGUGGCGGCCGUGGCCGGGCAGUCGGCAGUGCUGCGCCUCCUCCUGACGCACGGGGCGCGGGUGGACGCCCGGGACGGCACGGGGGCCACGGCGCUGGGUGUCGCUGCCGACCUGGGCCGCCGGCAGGACAUGGAGGUGCUGCUUGAGCACGGGGCCGACUCAAGCCUCAAGGACAAGCAUGGCCGCUCUGCACUCCACAGGGCUGCUGCCGGUGGACAUCUGCUCGCCGUCCAACUGCUGGCCGCCUGGGGAGCAGACGUGGACGCUCGGGACACGUUGGGCCUCACCCCCCUGCACCACGCUGCCCGGGGAGGCCACAUGGAGGUCGCCGGCCACCUCCUGGCCAGGGGCGCGAAGGUCGACGCUGCUGGCUGGCUCCACGUGACCCCCCUGCAUCUUGCCGUGGAACGCGGCCAUGGCUCCACCGCAGAGCUUUUGCUGAGCCGGGGGGCCAGCCCCACCCAGAGGACACAGUGGGGGGAGGUGGCCCAGGAUCUGGGGCCUGCCGUCUGUGGAGAGCAGGAGGUGCCCCAUGGGCCCCAGGGCCGCAGGGCCAGAGCAGGACCAGAGGCUGCAGGCUUCCACGGCCUUCAGGGCGUGCAGGCUCCUCUCUGCUGGUCUGAGGCCGCCUGCCAGGGUGCACGGGAGAACACCCCAGAGGUUCCUGGAGAAGAAGGAAGCAGUGGCUGGAGCCCGAGCAAGAAGCGUGUGGCUGACCUGGAGCCAUUCCAGACUCCCAGGGCCACGUCAGCCCCGUAGCCUCAGCCCUGCGCGCCCUCUGGCGGAGAGACUGGGUCGUGGCCACAGAACUGGCCCUAACCCGAUGGGCUCCUGCUCGUGC